AUGGCUUCUGAUGGUACACCGAUGAUGUGGAUGAUUUUGAACAAGAAGAAGAAUAAUGAUAUGCAGAGUACAGGAACGAGUCCGAGAGUGCAUGUAAGAUCUUACUAUGGUAUGGAUACUCUACUUGGCUCUAAAAUCUACAAGAUCAGACCAUCAGACUUAAAAGUCCAAUGUCAAAACUCGAAACUCGAAAUUGGAAACCUGAAACCAAAGUCCUGA